AAUCUACAUAAUUUUAACAAAUAAUAAUACAAUAACAAUAAGUGAAUGUGCAAAAAGUGUUUGUUGUGUGUUCCAAAAUGUCUUGGUUGAAUAACAGUCUUAAUACGAUAAAGGGUCAAUUGACGACAUUGGCCCAAGAAAUUCUUGAAGAAACUGCUGGUCCUGGCGAUACCGAAUAUCGCAGUGCAACACCAACCGUUGAUAAUAGAUCGGCCAUAGAAAUACUGGCCGAUACACAGAAAGAUAAAGCAGAUUUAGAUAAAUUAUGCUCCGAAAAAGACAUAGAGAUUCUAGCACUUCGCAAACAAAUUGAAACAUUACAAAAUCAAAUAAGUGAUACAGGUGGAGGUAGCAGUGGCAAUACAGCAAGUGGAGGCGCCAAUAGUGGACGUACUUCAAAAACGCCUACCGACAACAAUGUGUCAAAUUUGGAAGACAGUUGGUGCUGGGAACCAGAUAAUAAUAAAACGGAAAAUGAUCACAGUUCCGAGACCUCCAGUGGUAAUGGAAAUGAAAUGGUCAACAUCACCUUGGAGGAAAUUCCCCUGGGAGCUUCGGCCAAAGCCUCAAAGAUGAAAAUUCAACGUUUGGGUGCUGGCUCGUCGUCACAAAAUGCGGAAUUGCAAAAGCGUAUACAGCAGCUAGAGGAGGAAAAUAAGCAAUUAAAUAAUUCCUUGGAGGAAUUGGACACUCAACAUAAUUUGGCCAUGCAAAAUAUGUUAGAGCUUAAGACAGACCUGCAAGAAAAACUUGCGAAGGUGUCUAAGUAUAAUGAAGCCUUGAAAAGUACUGAAAAGCUAAAGUUUAAUGACUUUGAAGUAGAAAUUGCAAAAUACAAAAAGAAAGCAGAGCAGUUGGAACAGGAACAUCAAACAACUAAGCAAGAGAACAAGGACAUUAAACAAAAGCUGGGAGCAAUGGAUCAAGAAAUGAAACGGUCUUUGGAAAAAAUGGCUGAUUUGCAAGGUUUAUUAGAAAAGAGAUCUUUAGAUAACAAUGAACUGCUACAAAGAAUUAAAGAGCUGACCAUAGAAAAUGAGCAAGAAAAAGUAGAUCUUAAUCAAAAAUUGGAUAUGCUUUCAAAGGAACUGGAAGAGUUGAAAAUAACAAAAAGUAAAAAGACUUCCGAAUCAUCCACUAGUUCCACCAGCAAACAAAGUGAAGAUGAAUUUAUUGUUGUAAGAGAACAAGAUGCCACAUCUUCUGGGCCGGCUACACCACCCACCAAAGAAGAGCUUAAGGAUAAAAUAGUGCAACUAGAAAAUCGAGUCUCGGAAUUGACUUUGGAAAAUGGCAGUCUUUCGUUGAAAUUACAAGAUCGUGAAAUGGAGAAAGAUCUUUCGAUCAAUGUUCUCAAAGACUCAGUUAAAUCUUUACAAACGGAAAAUGAUGAGCUGGCCGAAAAGCUGCGUAUGACUCUAAUUGAUCUCGAAGAUCAACAAUUCAAGAUUAACGAUCUUAAAGAUAAAGCAGCUGAUGCAAUUAUAGCACAAGAGCAGCUAAAAGCUUUAGCGGAGGAAAAACUCAAAAUUGCCCAAGAGAUUGAAAACAUGAAAGAAACGCUUAAAAACUCUCUGGAAUUAGAGCAACGUUUACUCAUGUCAGAGCAGGAAAAAGAAGCUUUACAAAUCGAAUUGCUGGCACAAAAAACUACACAGCAAAGAAUCAAUGAGCUGGAGCAAAAGAUACAAAAUCUCACCUACCAAAAUCAGCAACUACAACUAAAUGCCGAAUGUGAAACUGAGACUCUGAACAACAGCAAUGAAUUGGAGCAAAAACUUAAAACUUUAAAUGAGGAAAAUGAACACUUGAAAUCCGAAUUAGACAGGCUUACCGAUGCUAACUUUUCACGCGCCAUAGCCGAUGAGAAACAAUGUAUUACCGAUUUGGACGAGGAAGAUGAUGAGGAGGGCUUUUCUUUGGAAAAGUUUAAAUCCCUUUUCAAAGUGUUCACCACACAAGAUGUUAAAGAAAUGAAUCAUGAGGACAUAGAUAAAUUAUAUAGACAUUUAAGAGAUAAACUUCACAAACUAGAAACUACUGAAAGAGAAUUGACCCAUGUGUCGUCGGAAGUGAUGGAAUUGCAAGACAGCAAAUUAGUGUGGGACCAUGAAAAGAAAACGUUAGAGGCUGACAUCUCCCAGUAUAUUUUGCAAUGCGAUGAACUAAUGAAAAACAAUGAAAUAUUGUUGAAUGAAUUAGAAAACUACAAGCGCAACAAAUUGGAAACAAUAUCCGAAAAUAACGAAGAGAAUAUUGUACAGUUGGAAUCACAAUUGGAAGAGUGUAAUAAUCUCAAUCGUACCUUGGAGCAAGAGUACAUAGAACUGAAUGAGAAAAUCGAAGAAUUGGAGAAGGAAAAUCAAUCAAUAAAUGAGAAAUUGAGAACAUCUCAACAACAGUGUGAGGCAUUAAACAUAAAAGAAAAAGAUUUAAAUCUGCAAGUGGAAACAUUGGAAUUAGAAAAAUGUAAUUUACUACUUAAAAUGAAUGAUGUCAAUACCAGCAAUGAAGAACAACAAGAAGACACUCAAGCUUUAAGAAUAUACCAAGAGAAAUGUGAAAGUUUAGAGAAACAGUUAAGCACUUUGGCCAAGGAUCAUGCUGAUCUAGUGGCUGCCCUGCAAAAACAAAAAGAUCAACUCUUGGAGGCCAUACAAAAGAGAGAGGAAUCAGAGAAAUUGAUGAGAGAACAACAGCUUUUGGGAGAACAAUUAAAGGAAAAGGUGAUAUCUUUAGAGAGUCUUCAAACUACACAUGAAAAGUUACAGGACAAUUUAAAGGAAACCAACCUACAGUUAGAGCAAUGCAAACAAGAGCUAAUGGCUAAGGACAUUGUAGCUGAAAGCCUAAAACAGGAGGUGAAAACAUUACAAAGCUACUUACAAGAGGCUGAAGGUUUGGUGGACAGUAAAUUAGUCUUGGAAGAGCAAUUAACAGAAAAACAACAAAAAAUUGAAGAGCUUUUAAAGGAGAUCAAAGAACACAAGGAAAAACAAGAACACUUGCAACAAGACUUGGACAAGAUAUUGGCAGAUAAAAUUGAACCUGCUCAAUUGGAGCACCUACAAGCCGAAAAUUCUUCAUUACAAGAUAAACUCAAAGCUUUAGAAAACGAACUACACACACUAAAAGAUGCUGCUUUAACAGAUGCUGGCAACAAUAAAGAAAAUGUCCAACAUUUAGGUCGUAUUGCUGAACUAGAGGCACAACUACUCUCCACCGCAGAUCUGCAAAACUCCCUAGAAGCUUUAACAUACGAAAAACAAGAAAUGAUUAAAGCUCUGCAACAGAAACACGCCGAAAAUAUGCAGUAUUAUAAGGAAAUUCAGCGACUAACACCAUUAGUGCAACAACAGCAGCAAGCGGCCGAUAAACCCUGCGAAAAGUGUCCUUCCUUAGAGUCAUCGAUAGCUGAGCUGCAGAAACAACAGGAAAAACUACAAGAUCAAAUAAAUUUCCUUAAAGAAAAAUCGGAUAUCUUAACGACCAACCUUCUGACCGAACAGACCAAUCAGAAAUUGGUUCAACAGGAAAAGGCCGAUGUUAUGGAACAGAAUGCUACGCUGCGCAAAGACUUGGAACGUUUACGUGCACAUCUUUUGGAAAGUGAAGAUAUGCAUACACAAGAAAUGGUAGAACUGCAAAAGGAAUUCGAAGAGACUAAGGCUAAGAUGAUGGCUCUCGAAGAUGAGGUGAAUAAGUCCAGUAAUGCUUAUACAUCGGCGAGCAUACGGGCCAAUCAACAUGCCGAAACAUUACAGGCCCAAUAUGCCGUGGUAGUGCAGCAACGUGAUGAAUUAGUCAAUAAACUAACAGUGGCCGAAGAUCGUGAAUCGAAAAAUCAAGCGGCUUUAACAAAUCUACAAUGUGCUUUAGAACAGUUUCAAAAUGACAAAGAAAAUGACAUUAAAUUGGCCACCCAGCGUAUACGCAAAGAACUGCAACAACAUAUGGACAAGGCAUUACAAUUACAAUUGGAAAUUCAACAAUUACAGCAACAAUUAUCUGAUGCCAAUCAGGGUCUAAAUGCUGCCUCCAGACUCUCCGAUCAACUGGAGGCCAGUCAACAAACCAUAAAUGUCUUAAGGGAGGAGGUGGAAUCUUUGAAACAACUUAAUAUGGACUUGGAUAAGAAACUUUCAUCCACGGAAUCCAGUCAAACGGAUAAAAUCGAAAAGACACUUAUUAAAAGUUUACUAAUUGGUUAUGUGGUCAGUGGCAAUCCAAAUGAUAAACAACAGAUUUUAAGAAUGAUUUCAUCAGUGUUGGAUUUCAAUCAAAACGAAACCGAUAAAGUUGGCCUUAAUAAACAGCAAGGAGGUUGGUUGGGUUCCUUACUGGGAGGUGGUGGAGGAUCGCCAGGUUCUCAUUCGAAAGACAACUUGGUACAAGCCUUUGUGGAUUUCCUCGAGCAAGAAUCUCAACCCAAACCACAACAAUCACAAAUGCCUAAUUUAUUAAAUAUAACCCAUACACCUACAGCCGCCACUGCGUCAUCUCCUGCCUCCAGACGUUCGUCAAGUGUUAUUAAUCCUUCGGCGGCAGCCAGCGGUUCCUCAAAUUAUGCUGCCCCCGUUCCCAUUCAACCCUUAUUACUCAACUCUACAGUGUUAGACGAUUUUGCUCCUUCGCGUAAUUCCAGUUCUAUUUUAAAAGAUAUUCUAAGUGACUCUUGAUUAUUGUAAUAUUAAUUUACGUACAUAGUUUUGUUUAUUUCCUACUACUAUAUAUAUUUUUUUAUUUAAAUAAUAUGCCUAUUGUUUGUAAAAAAAAAUAUUAAUAAUAUAUUUUUUGUUUAUGUAAACGUGCAAUUGUUGAGUUUUUGUGUCGUGUAUUGUUUUAGCCGUUCAAUAUACUAAAUACUAACGUAGUUUUAAUGUGGCCCAAUGUAAAUAACUGUCAUUUUGAUAUUUUAGUAAAAAAAAUAAAUUAAGAUACACUAUAUAUUAGGUAUGAAAUAAUAUGAAACGAAAUAAAUAUCACACAUAUAAAGUAUUUUUAAAA